UUACCCACCGCUACCGGAAGUGCAGGUGCAUCGCGGAAGCUAGCAGCAUAAACCUCUAGCCAACUAUUAGUGUUUGAAACGUAUACCGGCUGUAGACGGGCCUGUGGAUGACUUUUUGAUCAAGAAGCCCACGCAUUCCUUAUUUCGCUGUCAGAAAGUGUGGAAGUCCGUCGACAUGACUCUCAAUCAGAACCAUUCGGAGUCCGGCGGAGUCAUCAUCAACAACAGUGAAAGUGUCUUGUUGAACCAUGACAACGUGGAGCUGCUUUUUAAUGAUGCUGACAGCCUACCCGAAGCCUUCAGGAAGGGCAAGAAGGGCAGCAUCUUCCUGACUCCGUACAGGGUAAUCUUUGUGGCUAAAGGCCGGGAUGCACUCAAGUCCUUUAUGAUGCCUUUCUACUUGAUGAAGGGCUGUGAGAUCAAACAACCCGUAUUAGGAGCAAAUUACAUCAAGGGAACUAUCAACGCAGAGCCUGGAGGCGGCUGGGAGGGCAGCGCGAGCUUCAAGCUCGUCUUUGCUGCUGGAGGAGCCAUCGAGUUUGGGCAGUACAUGCUGCAGGUUGCUGCGCAGGCUUCCAGAGGUCAGCCAGUAACUGCUGGGUUUGGUGGAUGCCCUUUCAUGGCGAACGGGGCCUAUGCUUACCCACCUCCCCCUUCUAACGGGGCGUACCCUGCAGGACCACCGCCUGACUAUGCCUACCCUAACCCACCUCCUCCAGGUGGAUUUUACCCUAACACGUCAUUUGACGGCUCUGCAGUCUUCAUGCCCCCACCUCCAUAUUCAUCUGCUUUGGGCCAGCAGCCCCCACAAGACCCCGGGCUCCCGUCUUCAGCUGCAGCUGAGGCUAAAGCAGCCGAAGCAGCAGCCAGCGCUAGCUGUGCCACGCUGCCAACUACACACGUGUACCUACCAGAGGACAAGCCUCCCCCCUACUCUCCUCCAGAAGACAAGAAGAAUCAGUAGACCUGCUUGACUUCCAGCCUCUUGUGGACCUCCAUUUUAUUUUACCCAAGAUCAUUCCCGCCUUUUGUGUCUUCCGAACAGGGGCGCCGCAAACAGGGGUUAAAGUGAGGACAAUACUAUGAGUGACAGACAGGGGCAGGGCACAAUAUAAGUAAUGCAUUUUUAGUUGUUUCCCCCCAAAUCCCUGACAGCACCCCUGCUUCCAAGACCCACUCCAACUGCUCUCCUCAUUGUUACUCCACUCCACACCGUAAUGACAUUUGGUGUGAUUUAAUACCGCAUAGAAAUUACAACAGUUCGGCAACAAGAGAGAGUGAUUUCCCCCCCGCCCUUCUUGUGUCUUGAAAGCUGUUCCUGUUAAGCUUCAUGUGGCUUUGCUGUGACACGUGCAUGCCUAUUUGUAUACCUACAGACCAAACAUGAUUGAAUGGUGAUGGUACAAACUGCUUUGCAAAAUCUACCCAGAGACAAGGUAAAUUAGGUUGUUUAUUUUUCUACCAUGUAAUUGUAUAUAUUUAGAAGAUAAUAUAUAGAUCGUGACGAGAGAACACUUUUUCAGAGAUUGAGGCAUCCUGUCUUGUUUGGCCGGGGGAACGUAAAACUACGUCGGAAUUAUAGAUUCACUGCAUCUUAAACAUAGCCACGAGUGAAAAUAGUCUCCUGAUUGUAACUCUUUUGUUUGAGAUAACUUUAACUUCCCGCUAUGUAACAUCUACACACUGUUUGUUAAACGUAUUAUAUACUGUAUGGCUGCUUCUUUGCUGUGCAAUGCUUUGGGCUCCUGCUUGCUCAGGCAUGGCUGAAUGUGUAAUGAAGCUUCAUAUUAUUUCCACAUUUAAUUUACGGAAGAGCACUCAAGACUGAAGCAUGAUGCCAGCUGAUGGGGAUUUAUUAAACGGAUCUUGUUUCAUGUGUAA